AGUCCGUGAGAAUUUAUCCUGAUUUUAUCUUAAAUUUUCAAGUUCGUAUAUCGAUUGCGUUGAUAAGAGACUUGGUAGUCAUUGAUAUUUAGAAUCUUCCGGAAUUAUUGUAACUGCUGUGGUUUAUGACCUUCAUUAUUUCAUAUUUCACGCCAGUACACAUUUUUUAUACUCCAAAAGUCCCCGCAAAUUUCCAGAUGAGUGAUGUUAACCAAUAAGAAUGCUCGAAACGCGUGUAGCAGCUAGCAGCCCUAACCUACAAUUUACAACUGUCAAGUAUCUUAGACUGUAGUGUUGAACAACGCGCAACUGUCACUCACAAAUAUUCUUUGUAGCCCAAUAAUUGUACAAAUAAGAAAAACAGUGUGUAAACAAAAGUAAUCAUGGCAACAACGAGCGAAAGCGUCGAUACCGCGAGUAAAGAUGGAUCAUCGGGAACCAGUGGAGCUGCGGUUAUAAGCGAACCUGAACGCGAAUUGGCCCAGUGUGCACUCGCAGAAUUUCAAAAAGGUGCAUACGCCGCAUGUAUUUCGCAUCUCAAUAAACUAGAAGUUUUAAGACCGAAAGAUUUAAAAGUAAUGCACAACAGACUUGUUGCGCAGUAUUACAGAGGUGAAUUGAAAAAAACUGAAUUAUUCGGCAAAAGUUUGAAUGCUAUAUGCGGCGCUGCUACAACAACACCGGAUACUCCUUUAGAUGCCAUAGACGAUGUUGAAAAAUGUGUUGUUCGAUAUAAUCAAGCUGUACUUUUCUAUCAUACUGGGCAAUAUGAUUCUGCACUACGCAUAAUAAAUAGGCUUUUCACAUUUGUCGAACCUAUGGAGGAAAGUCUGGCUCACAAAGUGUGUUUGCUCGUAAUUGAAUUGCACAUAGCUACGAAUAGACCGGAUGCUGCUCUAUCGAUAGUAAAUUACGUGGAGAGCCAAUUCAUUUCCAAAGAAUCUGGGAAGUUGGGCGGACCAGUAGAGAAAGAUCUUGGCGGAAUAGUGCCUAAAACUUCCACACUCAAGGAUCACAAGGAACAAAAAAAAGAAAGUUUGGAUGCUGCGACUGAUGCAUUUAGAAUCCAACUUUUGAAAUACAAAGCGAGGAUAUACCUGUUGCUUCAACAGCCAAAAUUGUGCAAGAGAGAAUGGAAAACACUGAUGUCGCUUGGAGCUAAAGUGAAUCUGUCGACUGUCUUCCUCAAAGCCAAUUUAGAGUGUGCCAAAGGAAAUCACAAGAAGGCCAUAAAAUUAUUAAAUUCCGUCACGAACGAAACGUUGGAUGUCAAAACGAGCGGCGAAUCAGCAGCUGUCCUUUAUUACAAUAACAUGGCCUGCAUCCACCAGGCUCAUGGAAAACCAAAUUUGGCAGCGUUUUAUCUGCGUAAAGCUCUCGAAGAGAAUCAACGAGCGAUGGAUAGUGUAAGAACGAAAGAUACCGAAUCAACUUCGAGUCAACCGCUCUAUACGCUCAACGCUAACAAACAUCACGAAUUAAUGUACAAUCUUGGUGUCUCGUUAUUGCAUGCUGGUCAACCGAUGAAAGCCUUCGAUUAUUUGACCGAAGCGGCUCAGAGGCUUCAAAAUCGAGCACAACUUUGGCUCCGUAUGGCAGAAUGCUGUAUACAGUGUCAUAAACCAACAAAUGCAGUAGAUUUUGACAUCGCGAAACGACGAGAAGAUCUUGUACAAAGGGUCAUUGGAGCAGGAAGGCACAGGAAAAUCAUAUUAGCAUCGGCCUUAUCAAAAGAUACGAAAUACCACACUGAGAACCUUUCGUACGCGAUACCUCAACCGACAAUGGAAUUCGCCAUGCUUUGUCUAAAAAACGCACUUUUUGCGUUGCCCGCGAACGACGACGAAUCGAGCAGUUUGCCAAUAAGUUGUCCGGUUGUUUCUGCCUCAACCAGUGUCUCCAUGUCGCUCAGUGGUGGACUUGCUGCAGCUGCAGCUGCUGCGGCGGGUCCAGGAGGAGGAAACGGAUCAGGUGUCGGAGCCGAUGGACCAAGUCAAGAAUCUCCAUCAACCGCCCAAAUUUCAACAGCGUGGACCCAGACCUUGAACCUGAGAAUCGCUGUACUUGCAGCGAGUGCUUACGUCUCUUUGUGUUUGGGCGAUUACCUAGUUGCUCUGGAGCAUGCAAGAUCAAUGCUUAAUAUUGAAAAAUUACCAGGCGCGUACAAAAUGCUCGCUAAUCUUUAUGCCGCUGAGAGUUUGAUACUCGUGGACAAGAUGAACGAAGCGAUUGAACACUUGAAGCCACAGAAUAUCGAGGAUCUAAACACAGGAAUUCAAACACCUUGUGUCAAUGAUCCGAUGGAUAAAGAUAAGAGCGAAGAGUCCAUGUCGAGUGUGAGCAGCGAUUGGUUUCCAUCGAGCCUCCAAACAGCGAAAUCCAUUAUAAAAUACAAUUUGGCAGUGGCUUAUGCGAUUCGUGGAGAACUCAACAAAUCCGGAGAGAUCUUGAAGCAAGUGUGGCUGUCCAAAGGCCCGAACUGUGACGUUCCAAUCCACGUUAUCAUGCUUGCACUCUACAUCGAGCUUCAAUUAGGUCAUGCUGACGUUUCUAGAUCAAUAGUAAAGCAGCACUGUCCCCAGUAUUGGUGACCCGAUUUCUCAGCACUGGAACCAACGGAAAAAUGCGUCUGACCGCGACUGUACGAUUUUGGAAAAAAAAGUACAUUUUGGUCCACGAAACAAUACAAGAGCCAAAUUUCUUAUUCUUUUUCCAACAUAAUUUUUGUUUUUUUUUUCUCAUAGCGAUGUCAUCGGUACAAAAUUGUUCUAAAAUUUCGUAUCAGUUCACAAAUCCCAUUAUUCUCGUUUUUUAAAAGCAAACGAGAUAUUCCUUAUUAAUAAGGAGGAGAAGAGAAAAUUAUAUGUCGGAUGUUAAAAAACGUAGGGCUUGUUUCGCGAUUUCUUGAGGAUGCUCCCUGACAGUUUUUUUUUCCUCUACAAAUAAACACGACCUUAUUUCUUU